AUGGCGGCUCACAUAAGCCAGAACCGACUCAAGGCCAAGGGCAUGGGCCAGCACCACAACGCCCAGAACUACAACAACCAGAGCUUUGAGGAGCUGCGAGCACUCUGCCUGCGGAAGGGGGAGCUGUUCAAGGACCCCUUUUUCCCCGCUGAACCCAGUUCACUGGGCUUCAAGGAACUGGGUCCCAACUCCAAACACGUGCAGAACAUCAGCUGGCAGCGGCCCAGUCAAAUCACAAGCAAUCCUCAAUUCAUUGUGAAUGGGGUUAGCCCGACGGACAUCUGCCAGGGAGUGCUCGGGGACUGCUGGCUGCUGGCUGCCAUCGGCUCCCUUACUGCGUACCCCAAACUGCUGUACCGCGUGGUGCCCAGGGGGCAGAGCUUCAAGAAAAACUAUGCUGGCAUCUUCCAUUUUCAGGUGAAGGGCGAUUUGAAAGCCAGAGUUGAUUUGUACCCACCUUGCCGCCCGCAGAUUUGGCAGUUUGGGCAGUGGGUGGACGUGGUGGUGGAUGACCGGCUGCCCACAAAGAAUGGCAAGCUGGUGUUCGUGCACUCAGCCGAGUGCACCGAGUUCUGGAGUGCCCUGCUGGAGAAGGCGUACGCCAAGCUGAACGGAUCCUAUGAAGCCCUGUCUGGGGGCAACACGGUGGAGGGCUUUGAGGACUUCACGGGGGGCGUGACCCAGAGCCUCCAACUCCAGAAGCCCCCUCCGAACCUGCUGAGGAUGCUUAGAAAGGCCAUAGAGCGGUCCUCCCUCAUGGGGUGCUCCAUCGAAAUCAACAGCCAAAGUGACUUGGAGUCGUUGACGCAGAGGAUGCUGGUGAGAGGACAUGCUUACUCAGUGACCGGCCUUCAGGAUGUCCUGUACCGCGGCAGGAUGGAAACACUGAUUCGGGUCCGGAAUCCCUGGGGCCGGAUUGAGUGGAAUGGAGCCUGGAGUGACAAUGCCAAGGAGUGGGAAGAGGUGGCCCCAGACGUCCAGAGGCAGCUGCUGCACAGGAAGGAGGACGGGGAGUUCUGGAUGUCCUACCAAGAUUUCCUGGACAACUUCACCCUCCUGGAAAUCUGCAACCUGAUACCCGACACGCUUUGUGGGGACUACAAGAGGUGUUGGCACACCACCUUCUACGAGGGCAGCUGGAGGAGGGGCAGCACUGCAGGGGGCUGCCGGAGCUACACUGACACAUUCUGGACCAACCCACAGUUUAAGAUCUCUCUCCCCGAGGAAGAUGAUGCCCCAGAGGACGACGAAGCCGUCUGCACCUGCCUGGUGGCCCUGAUGCAGAAGAACUGGAGGCGGGCACGGCCCCAGGGAGCCCAGCUGCAGACCAUCGGCUUUGUCAUCUACUCUGUCCCAAAGGAGUUUCAGAACCUCCAGGACGUCCACUUGAAAAAGGACUUCUUCGUGAAGUAUCAGGACCUGGGCUUCUCAGAGAUCUUCACCCACUCGCGGGAGGUGAGCAGCCACCUCCGGCUGCCUCCGGGGGAAUACAUCAUCAUUCCCUCCACAUUAGAGCCGCACAAGGAUGCGGACUUCCUGCUCCGGGUCUUCACGGAGAAGCACAGCGAGUCCUGGGAACUGGAUGAAGCCAACUUCGCUGAGCUUCUCCAAGAGGAGAACAUCUCUGAGAAUGACAUAGACCAGGACUUCAUACGUUUGUUUCACAUAGUGGCCGGUGGAGAGGACAAGGAGGUAGGCAUGUAUGAGCUACAGAAGCUCCUCAACAAGGUGGUCUCCAAAGUCAAAAACCUCAAAACCAAGGGUUUCAGCCUGGACGUGUGCCGCUGUAUGGUCAACCUCUUGGAUAAAGAUGGCUCUGGCAAACUGGGGCUUCAGGAGUUCCAGAUCCUGUGGAGAAAAAUCAAGAAAUGGACGGACAUCUUCCGAGAGUGUGACCAGGACCACUCAGGCACCUUGAACUCCUAUGAGAUGCGCUUGGCAAUUGAGAAAGCAGGCAUCAAACUGAAUAACAAGGUGACACAGGUGUUGGUGGCAAGGUAUGCAAAUGACGAAAUGAUCAUGGAUUUUGACAGCUUCAUCAGCUGUUUCCUGAGGCUGAAGGCCAUGUUCACGUACUUUCUAACCAUGGACCCUAACAAUACUGGCCAGAUUUGCUUGAACCUGAACCAGUGGCUGCAGAUAACCAUGUGGGGUUAGUCACUGCGGGAGCCCGGCUUCCUACCGCCAUCAGCACCGCCCCCCGCCCCGCCCCGCCCCGCCCCACCCCCCGCCGGGUUCUGGCCUGGGGGGCGGGGUGCACCUUGUGGCGCUCAACUCUGCGGUCUCUGCUGAUGGAAGGGCCGAGAUGCUUAUUCCAGCAGCAGGACCUCCAGACCCACCCUCCCAGCGCAAAGUGUUUUUCUUUUACCCCAGCCAGGCUUCUGGUGGCUGGAUUUACCCCACAGUCUCCCUCCCUCUCUGAGUACAUUUCACUAAAGAUUAAGUGACACUUCUGCGGUGUCCCCGGCUGGGGAGGCUGUCCACGUUUCCUACCCUGCUCGCGCUGGCCUGUUUCAUGGCUCCUCCCUUCUCCCCCUCACUCAAGGGCAUUAUUAUAAUGAACAACACAUGCCACAGGCUUCUGUGUCUCUGUGUUUCUAUGUCAGGAAAAGACUGGCAGGGGUGUAAGUCAUUUCCUCAGUACCAAAGAGGGGGGGACCCAGGAGCUCUCAGUUGGGGUGAUACCACCCCCUGUCCAGGGAGCAUUUGGAAAUGUGUGGUUGUCACAGAAGCUAGAGGGCGCUGUUGUCAUUUAUGGGCAGCGGCUGGGAUGCUAAAGGCAUGAGUCCCUGUCUGUGAACUGUACACAGCAUCCGAGGGGAGGGCUGAGCCGCAGGACCCAGAACCGCCCCUCCCAUCUCCUUCCUCAAACUGGAGUCUCCAAAGGUGACACUGCUGGUCUCUCAAAAGUCAAAAAUCCUGCACUGGCAGGAGUCAGCCAGUCAUAGAAAGGAACUGACCCUCUUGGAUGCGUGACUGGGAGGGGUGGGGGACAGUGGCCGCAGGCGAGUUCAUUCCUGCCUUAAAGGUGUUCAGAUUCAAAUCAUUCUUACUGUUAAAAAACUGCUGACUGCCAGGCUAUUGUCCUCACCGGAAGGGUGGAGGGAUCCUUGGUUCACCAGUCCUUGACCUUGGACUCUCUGCCUCAGACGCCCCCUGCUUCCAGCCCCCAGCCCCCAGCCUCCUGCUGCAGUGGGAAGACUGAGACCACCAGCAGUGCCCCCCAACUGCACUUCUCCUGUCCUUCCAGAUCGCUCUGUGGCUUACCCCUCUGGGGAACUGUGCCUGUGAGCUUUUCAGCCUCUUGCAUACAGACCGCCUCCAAAUUCCCUUAGAUUAGGGUCGAAUGAAUCUAAACCCCAAAAGAAUUGGAAUCCUUCCUGGGUCUGUGUACUUUCAGCUUCCCAGGGUGGCUAGCUUCGUUUCCUCCUGCAGUAAGGACUCAAAGACUUCCUUCUAUUUGCACUAAACACGCCCAUUCCUCUUAUGCUUGGGGGGUGGGGGGCUUCCAGUCUUCCUGGAUCUGGUGACUGAUUCCCUGCACCAGCCCUGCCCCCUGCCUCCUCUGUGACAACUGCCCAUCACUGUCACUCCAUUGCCUCCCCCACCACCUCCUGAGGAAUCAUUUCCAGCCCUGCCACUCUCUUCUCCCAUCCUCUCCCCUCUGCAGUCUUGUCUGAGAGAGGAGGUCACACUCUGUUAAUGAGGGUCUUAAGACUGAUUCCUCCACCCUUGUUUUCUACCACCACCUUUUCUCCUCAGAGCAGCGAAGGAGCAAAGGUCCCUGGGUGGGUCAGGGAUCCUUUGGGAGAGGCCGGAAAACUAGCAGGUCCUUUGAGUUUUGAGAGAACCUGGCAGUGCCCAGUUGGUUCUGGGGAGCCCAGCAAGAUGCUGACCCCACCCCAUCCUUGUCCCUUGCCCUAGCGGAAGAUGCUGCCAACUUCUGGCUGGAUGGCCUUGGGCAAAUUAUUUUAUUUCUCUAACAGAG